UUCUUAUAUUUUAUAUAUAUAUUUUUUUUGUUUCCGCUUCUCUCUCACACUGAUCAAGGACUAAUCCGGUUUUACAGAGAACUGUUGCUAACUUUUGUUGUCUGAUAAAUUUAUCUGACGAUCUUUCACCAUUGGUUUCUUAAUCUCGGUCGGGGUUUUGAGUUCCGUGACGCCAUUGAUGGAUGGCCGGUUCCAUAGAUGGCAGAGCUGCGGGGUCUGCCUCCUUGCAGCAGCAGCAGCGGUCCAGCAGUUCCCUCGUUAAAGAGGCUGCGUUUGAAGAAUACGGAGAGUUGGAGACUAGUUUCCCCUUCUCGCGUUAACGGCAGAUUCUCGGAUCUAAUCAGCUUCUCUACUUCCGAAGUUUACUCUAGAUUGGUUUCAGCUUUUAGACUGGCUUCGAACUUGGAAGGUCUGUUAAUUCAAUUUUAACGGACGACCCUGUUGAUUUCCCUGUUAGAAUAUCUUCUUCUUCUGCUUCUAAGCAGAUCGAAGAGUAGCUUGUAGAUUACGCGUAUGUUUUAUGGAUUGAUUUCGUGUUUUUUUUUUUUUCCGUUUUUAUUUUUGAAGGAAGCCUGCUCUUAACUUUUUUCUCUAGUAGUUGAAGAGUGAAGCCAUUCAUCGGCUCGCCGAUGUCGUGUCUAGAUUUUAGGUACUUGGACAGAUUUGUUCGUAGCGGUGCGGUUUUGCGUUUGCUGAUUGAUUUGUGGUUGUCAUAAAGGUUUUUCAUAUUCUUUUCUUUUUCCCUUUUCCCUUUCCUGCUAGUUGUGGCAUAGGGGUUUUGUAGGAGUUGAAUUUUUCGUAGAAACACCAUUUAAUCAUUUUUUCGCAGAUCGAGAAACCCUUUUGUUGAGAAAUUCCUUCUUCUUUUGAUAUUUUCCAUUCAAAGUUCCCCGUUGUUCAACUGCCGGAGCUCCGAAUUUUGCAUUGUUCGACCUUUUCGUCUCUAGGAUUAUACACAUGGCGAAUCGAAACUUGGAUAGGGUAAUGAGCCUUGGCAUAUCAGAUCUGGCUCUAGACCGUGUCAUGGAAUUUAUCCAAGAUCCUCGCGACCGAAAUGCUGUUUCUCUAGUUUGUCGUAGAUGGUAUGAAGCUGAUUCUCGGACGCGGAAGCAUGUCAUUAUUGCGUUGUGUUACACAUGCACUCCUGAUCGUCUAGCACGAAGGUUUAGGUGUCUUGAGUCACUGAAACUGAAGGGGAAACCUCGGGCUGCAAUGUUUAAUCUCAUACCGGAGGAUUGGGGAGGAUAUGCCGGUCCAUGGAUUAAUGAAAUCGCAAGGGAUUUUCAAUGUCUAAAGUCGCUUCAUUUCCGACGGAUGAUAGUCAAGGAUAAUGAUCUGGAGGUUCUAGCUCAAGCUCGUGGUUACAUGCUCGAGGUACUUAAACUCGACAAGUGUUCUGGAUUUUCUACAGAUGGCCUUCGACAUAUUGGGCGAUCUUGCAGUGCUCUAAGAACAUUGUUUUUAGAAGAGAGUAUGAUAGAUGAGAAAGAUGGUGAGUGGCUCCAUGAUCUUGCUCUAAACAACACAGUGCUUGAGGUUUUGAACUUCUAUAUGACAGAUCUCAUGAAAAUCAGUGUCCAAGACCUUGAACUGAUAGCCAGGAAUUGCCGGUCUUUAGUUUCAAUUAAAAUUAGUGAACCUGAGAUAUUGGACCUAGUUGGUUUCUUCCGUGCUGCAUCUGCAUUAGAGGAAUUUGGUGGGGGUUCUUUCAAUGAGCAACCUGAUAGGUACUUAGUUGUUCCAUUCCCCUCAAGACUAUGUCGCUUGGGUCUCGGCUACAUGGGGAGGAAUGAAAUGUCUAUAGUAUUUCCAUUUGCAUCACUACUCAAGAAACUGGAUCUCCUGUAUGCCUUGCUUGAUACAGAGGACCAUUGCCAACUGAUUCAACGAUGCCCCAAUUUAGAAACUUUGGAGGCAAGAAAUGUGAUUGGAGAUAGAGGUCUAGAAGUUCUUGCUCAGAAUUGUAAAAAAUUAAAGAGGCUUAGAAUUGAGAGAGGUGCAGAUGAUCAGGAAAUGGAGGAUGAACAAGGCCUAGUUUCACAAAGAGGAUUAUCUUCUCUGGCACAAGGCUGUACUGAGCUGCAAUACCUGGCUGUCUAUGUAUCUGACAUAACCAAUGCUUCUUUGGAAUCUAUUGGGACUUUUUGCAAAAAUCUCUGUGAUUUCCGAUUAGUUUUGCUUGACCGUGAAGAAAGGAUAACAGACUUGCCACUUGACAACGGGGUCCGAGCUCUGUUGAGGGGUUGUGAGAAGCUUAGGAGGUUUGCUCUUUAUCUACGACCAAGGGGCUUGACUGAUGUGGGUCUCCGUUAUAUAGGGCAGUACAGCCAGAAUGUGAGGUGGAUGCUUCUGGGAUAUGUGGGAGAAUCAGAUGAUGGGCUUCUGGAGUUCUCAAGAGGCUGUCCUAGCUUACAGAAACUUGAAGUGAGGGGCUGUUGCUUCAGUGAACGUGCACUAGCUCUAGCUGUAAUGCGACUAUCUUCUCUGAGAUACUUGUGGGUGCAAGGGUAUGGAGCAUCUGCAACAGGUAGUGACCUCUUGGCCAUGGCUCGUCCCUUCUGGAACAUCGAGUUAAUUCCUGCAAGAAGGGUCAACAUUAAUGAUGGACAAAGAGAGGAGAUAGUUGACCAUCCGGCCCAAAUACUUGCAUACUACUCUCUUGCCGGGCCAAGAACAGACUACACGGAAAGUGUUAUUCCAUUGGUCCCCCCUUCCAUGGUAAACACAUAGAACUUUGUAUAUCCAUCUCUUGUACUGGUAACAGGAUCUAUAACAUGCCAUGUUCAUAAGGUCUUUCUUGUAAUAUCAUCCACCAGCCAAUAGGGGCCCUCUUUCUUGUAUUAAGUUUGUCUCCAACUCGUAAUUUGAAAGCAUUUCUUUCGGUGAAAGUAUCCUUAAAUUCUUGCCCCAGCCAUCUCCUCUUUCUGGGAAUCCAUCAGCAAAUCUGAUUCAAUGGUAUGUUCCAUCAUUUUUCGUCGGGCACUCUGAUUUGAUGUUAUGUUGGGAUGAUGAAAAAAAUAUUAUGCGAUUGAGUAUAGCUUCAUCAGACAAGACCGGCAAGACUUGCUUUUUGGAUCAUAUUUAUCCACAGGCAUCAAUUUCUGCAAGUACCUUGGUAGCCCAUUUUUUUUUUCUUUCCAAAUUUUUGGAGGUUUAUUGAACGGGUUUUAUCUGAACUGCAUCAGUGGUUGAGUAUGGCGUCGUCCAUUUGUGGUAUCUACAAGAUAAUGUCCGAUCAAUUUUGGAGAGUUCUUUAUUGUUUUCUUUAUCUAUGCUUUGUUGUAAUCUUUGACGUCAACUUCAUGAAUGAACAAAAAAUGUUGCUCUGUAGUCUGUACAUGUAAGAAAAUGUGCAAAUCCUCAAGUUGAAUGCGGAUGGGUGAAGUUGGAAAUUC